GUUUUGUCGUGACACGGCUCAUAUAAUAUUUCAGGUGUUAACAAGUUCAGUCCUGCAGCAAACACGUAUAACAUAAGAACAACGAUCGGUAAAGCUCCUGCAAUCACGAUAUCUGGUAGAGGAAACAUAUCUUCGUCAGAAUGGGAAAGAAAGGCGAUACACCGAGGUAUCAGCGAUUCCAAAGUAGGUCAGAGGGUAGUAUGCCGACACAAAGGUCACCUAUAAGUGAUGUCGGGAGUGUCUCCCUACCUAGCAUUCGGGGCGCUUCGCGGAUGUCGAUCAAAAGCCACCGUAGUAAUAUGGGAUCACGAAUGCACCUUCCCUCCGAUUUUGAUACCCCAGGACCUGACUCAUAUAAUAUCAAAUCUACUAUAGGCACAAGUCCGGCGCCUUUAUUCAAAGGUGACAGGUCAAGGACAUUUGGAAAUGCAAAGUCAUCAAAUGCAGUGUUCUUGUUACCGCGACUGGCAAAUGCCACACCAGCGCCAGGUGCAUACAACUUAGGAACCAGCAUAGGUAAAGGACAUACAUCCACGUUUGGGCAUGCCAGUCGGCAGUCAAGGUUUGCUGGAGAUCGUAACAACAACGCCGUCUUCUUGUUGUCGAAAUAUGAUGACCCUAGUCCAGCGCCUACAAGAUACAACAUUAAGUCUUCUCUUAGUGACCAUACAUCAUUUCUAACAAAAGAAAACAGCUUGGCGCCUGGGGCGACUUUUUCACGUGCUAAAAGGGACGCGCACUUUGCUGGAGAGAGAAACGCGCGUUUCCUGUUACCUAGGACAAUUCCUAAAAACCCACCACCCACUUCUUAUAAGACUGAGGAUUAUUUAUCAGUGGGUAGAAAUACAAAGGGUUCAACGUUUGGGCGCGAAAGACGUAAUGCUCGUUUCCCUGGGGAUACCAGGGCCAAGUUUUUGCUUAUGGAAAGAAUGGACCAAUUUAAGAGACCCCAUUCCUUUUCUCAGUACAGUACAGACUACUAUACAAUUUUAGACUUAGUCAAGAAGCCAGGUCCUGCCGAUUAUAAUGUGAAGCACGUGAAUCUAAAACGGAACCCAGUUUACACGUGCAGGCAACGCGUGAAGGGGUCAUAUCCAGAUUUAGCCGCAUAUGAUAAAGGGCGUGAUAUUAAUCCCGGACCUGGUACCUACAAUACGUCUAGAGAUAUUACCCACGGCCAGAAACCAGCAUACAGCUUGGGGAAACGGCUAAAAACUGUUUCAGACAAGGAAAAUAUGCCAGGACCAAAUGCUUAUUCACCAGAAAAGAAGGACAAGCCGGGCAGCAAGAAGGCACCCUCAUUUAGUAUGGCAGGAAUACUUGUCGCACCUAAUAAUAUGAAAGCUUUCCCGGGGCCGGGAGAAUAUUCACCAAAUGCAAAGGUGUAUGAAACAGAAAAAGGAAAAUGCACGAUUGCAACUCGUCUCCGGAAAACGGAAUCUUAUGUGAAUCCAGUGGCACCAAAUUCAUAUACAUUACCAGAGCUAAUGACCGGCAAAAACAAGGGCAUGGUAUUAAAGUCCCGUGCUAGUCCGUAUGUUUAUUCCGGUUUCAGAACCAACAAAAUUGUAGAGCCAAUACCCCUUCCACCUAUAACCAACUGAAAUUCUCGAACUUGCAACUUUAUACCGAAACAUUUUUAAACGAAAUAAUAAAUUUUACAAACU